AUGAGCCACCCCGACUCGCAACCCCAAGAUGCAUUUCCUUGGGAGCUGGGCAUCUACGAUGCCCACUGCCACCCAACCGACACGAUGGCAGCCGUCGCCGAGAUCCUAACGAUGAAAGCAACAACCCUGACGGUGAUGGCAACAAGAGCGCAAGACCAAGAGCUCGUCGCAGAAACUGCAACAUCCCUCAAUGCCGCCGAAGGCCAACAGCCCCCCGGCUUUGGCUGGCACCCGUGGUUUUCCCACCAAAUCCUCGACGACACAGCACCCGCAACAACCCAGCAAUCCAAAGAAGCCCACUACUCGGAGGUCCUGACGCCGUCCCCAGCUUCCGAUCCAAAAUUCAUUGACCAGCUGCCUCCCACAAAACCGCUCUCGACACUUAUUUUCGAGACACGUGAACGACUUUGUCGGUUUCCAAACGCGUUGGUUGGUGAGGUGGGACUGGAUAAAGCAUUCCGAUUACCGGGCGUCUGGACAGCAGAGGAGAUUUCCUCGCGGGACGAGGAUCUUACACCCGGAUCGCGAGAGGGCAGGAAAUUAUCACCUUACAAAGUGAAGGUGGACCAUCAACGGGUGGUGCUAAAAGCGCAACUCCAGCUGGCGGGGGAGAUGCAGCGGCCCGUCUCUGUGCACAGCGUGCAGGCCCACGGGGUGGUGUUUGAUGUAUUGAGAGAGCUCUGGUCCGGUCACGAGAAAGUGAUUCUUUCACGGCGACAGAGAGAAAAGCAGAAGGAUGCCGAGGGCGCGAUAUCCGAAGGUGAAGAUGGGGAUGAUCAAGACCCUCGUAGAUCAAGCAAGAGUGAGAAGGGUGGGAUGUUGCCCGGGCCUGUGGAGCCUAUCCGGCAGUUCCUGCAUGCGACGAAUCCGUCUGAUGUGUACUUCUCUUUCUCGACGGUGAUUAAUUUCGGUGGGGCACCGGCGAAGAAGGUUCGCGAUGUUAUUAAGGAGUUGCCCGAUGAUCGCAUUCUGAUCGAGAGUGACUUGCAUGUUGCGGGUCGGCAGAUGGAUGAGUUGUUGGAGAAUGUUGCAAGGGAGAUAUGUCAGUUGAGGGGGUGGGAGUUGAGGGCUGGGGUGCGGCAGCUCGCGGAUAAUUGGAAACGGUUUGCUUAUGGUGAGGAUUAA